GUCAGGUAGGUGGCAGUAGCGUGCUACUUGCACACAGGAAAGAGUACGAAACAAACUGUGAGACAAGAUGGGGGAAGGUUCAAUGGACUCCAACACGCUUUGCUUAUUUGAUGUUGAUGGCACCUUGACAGCCGCCAGACAGCCUGUAACUGAGGAAAUAGCUGCGUUUAUUGAGAAAUUGAAGACGAGGGUUCGUGUCGGCGUGGUGGGGGGUUCGGACCUCAGCAAAAUCAAAGAGCAACUGGGAAAUGAUGUGAUCCAGAAAGUGGACUAUGUAUUUGCAGAGAAUGGUCUUGUGGCCUAUAAGGAGGGGCAGUUACUAUCUAUUCAGUCCAUCCAAGCCCACAUGGGAGAAGAGCUACUACAAGAGUUCAUUAAUUUCUGUCUCAACUACUUGUCCAAGAUCAAACUUCCCAAGAAGAGGGGUACAUUCAUUGAAUUUCGGAACGGAAUGUUGAACGUCUCCCCAAUUGGACGCAGCUGUAGUGUGGAGGAACGCAAAGAGUUUUUUGAGCUGGACCAGAGAGAAAAAAUCCGGGAGAAGUUUGUGUCUAUUUUAAAGGAGCAGUUUAAAGGAAAAGGGUUGUCUUUUUCAAUCGGAGGACAGAUCAGCUUUGACGUGUUCCCCGACGGUUGGGAUAAAAGAUACUGCCUGGGGCUCAUUGAAAAGGACAACUACUCAACCAUUCACUUCUUUGGUGACAAAACGAAACCUGGAGGAAAUGACUAUGAGAUCUACUGUGACCCUCGCACUAUUGGUCAUGAGGUCACCUGUCCAGAUGAAACACAAAAACUUUGCCAGCAGCUUUUCUUUUCAUCGGAGUAGUACAUCUACUGCAUGUUAAGGAUGGAAAAAAGACUUAAUUAAGAAGUUGCAAAGGUUGUGGAUGCUCUAACUUUGUGCGUAACCUGACCAGGUUUUGUUGAUGGAUCAUUUGAAUGGUGAUGACUUGAAAUCUGAUGAGGAAAGUAUCCAAGCAUUUGAAAUUGUGACUGUCAUCGCCAACGUUUGGUGAUAAUUCAUGAUUUACAGCUAGCCUUUUGGGAAUAAAUGAUGAAUAAUGUGCAACCUAAUAAGGAAUUUUCAUCAUUGUUUUAUUAACACCAUCACUGCUCAGGGAAAGUACAAUCUCAGCAUAAAUGGCCUUAUUCAUUGUGGAAUCGAAUCACCACCUUCUAUCCUUUAGCUAAUGACUCAAUCAUGUCUGCGUAAACAAAGUGAGUUGAAGGAUUUUUCAGUUGCAAGUUCCAGAACAAAAAGACACAAUGAGUAACCGGCACUGAGUGCCUCAAAGAGAGUAAAGAAAAGUGUGAUGCCAUCCCAGGAGUCCCAAUCUGUAUAUGGGACCAGUACCAACUCUCACACAAGAUCUUAUAAUUAAAAAUGAUGUCUAAACAAAAGGUCAAAGUUGUACAAGCCAACAAAGAAAUUACAGCUGCUUGUGCAAUGCAUUCCAUACUGUAAUUGUGUACUUACAACUGUCAUUUGCUGUAUUUUGUGGUACAGUUGUAAUGAAAUAAAUCUGAUGACACUGACCCUCACAA